CACUGAACGCAACAAACGAAGACUGACAACAUUCUCACACCAAAAUUAAUCUCUCAACCUCGAACUCGAUUCUGCAAACGAUCUUAUUCUUCACGAAUUGAUGCAAUUGAGCGUUUUGAGCGCCGUGGAAGGCGGUGCCAUGGCUUUUCAAGCUGAACAGGAACGCCUCGAACGCGCCGAAUUGGAAGCUCCGGAUUGUCAAGCCUCGGCUAGCGUGUACGCCCAACUCAUGCUAAUUUACUGUCUUCAGAAUGAUCUCUUUCAGGCCAAGCUGUUGUGGAAGCGCCUGUCGGAGGAGACCAAACGCGAGCACGCUGAAUUGGCGCAGAUUUGGACGGUGGUCAAGGCACUCAUUCAGGGGGACGGACCGGCUGCCUUUCGCGCUCUGAAUCCCACUCCCGCUUUGCCCACUUACACACAAGAUCUGGCCCAAAAAUUGAUAGCCAAUCUCCGUGCCAGUAACAUGGAAGCUGUGGCCAGAUCUUAUGCCUCCAUCAGUCUGAGCCAAUUUGCUGUCAUGGUUGGCUUGACAGAAGAGGCUGCUCUGGCCUUGGCCCUCUCUCAAUCAGGUUGGCGGCAUGAUCCCACUGAGGGUGCCCUUUAUCCACAAGAGCCCCCACGCUCAGCUCUCAGUCAGACCCCAUCACAGGCCCAACUCCGACAACUUACCAACUUUAUGUCCUUCCUAGAGAAACAAUAAGUCACACUGACCCCACCAAUUACUGGAAAGGCUAAAGGCUUCAUUUUUUUUUCCAUUCAAUUAAACGUGUUCAGAUCUU